AUGGGUCUGGAUUUUCGGGCAAGUAGUGACCAGUUACCAACCAACAAAUCCGGCAGGUCACGGAGGUCCAGAGCGUGCAAACAUUGCCAUGCUUUAAAAGUAAGAUGCAUUCCUGUGGACGAGGACGAUCCAGCAUCUUCUUGCGUAAGAUGUCUCAACUCGAAGAAAGAAUGUGAAAUUGAUUUCCUUGAACCGAAGAAGAGGAGAAAGAAAACAGCUAACAAUCCUGAAAAAGAUUCCGUGGCCGAACUUAAGAAGGAGAUUGUGGCUCUUCAGUCAGAGGUUAAGUAUUUGCGCCUGAGGCUGGCCUCAGAAAUACCAGGUACUAAGGGAGCCGAUAAUGGUCGAUUGAAUAAUCAAAACUCCACUCCAUCGGCGUUGGACACACCUUCACCACCUUUCAUGACGAAGGAUGAUCUCGAGAAGGAACUAGGCCUCCUAUAUGGAAGUGACUUAUCUUUGAAAGACAUAUCAGACGAAAUCAAGGAGUAUACUACUCUAAGAGAGAAUACAUUGCAACAUGUCGGUCCUAUUGAUGUCGUCUCACUUGGCAUAACCGACUUAAACUCUGCCAAGAUUCGCCUUGAUAUAUAUCGGAAAGUCUUGUAUUCUUCACAUCCUUAUGUCAAUGUUCCGGAGCACUUGUCCGUUGAAGACAUGAUGAAAACACAGCCUUUCUUGCUUAAUGUCAUUAUAGCAAUUACAUCCAUUGUGCGCAAAGAUGAUUCAAGUUUUCUGCAAUCGUUGGCUCUCGAGAAACAUGCUACUACUUCUGUCACACGCGAAAUUUUAGUGAACGGCUCGAAGUCUGUAGAGUUGGUCAAAUGUCUCAUCCUUAUGUCAGUGUGGUAUAACACGCCAGAAUUUUUCAAGGCAAGACGAUACCAUAUCUUAAAUCAGAUGGCAGUUACUUUGCUCUACGACUUAGGCAUAGUAUCCCGGCAAUCUUUCACAUAUUCUGGAGAGACAAAGACUAUCAAGAAGUCGGAAGCCCUGUUUGAUGACAUUGAAUACCGUGUUUUGAUCUUGACGUUGUACUGCAGUACUGUUGGCUUUUGCUUGAUUCUCAGACGGGCAAUUUUUGUGAAGUGGACGACAUACGUUGAGGAAUGCUGUUCAGUCUUAGAAUCUAACCCGGGGCAGCAUUACAAAAAUAUAGCACUUUUCCUGAGGCUUACUCGAGAAUUGGAAAAAGUCCAUCACAUUGUUCAUUCACCUGAUUGCUUUGUCACAAAUCCAAAGAUAUCCGAAUACACAAUUACUGAUCUUAACACCAGGUUACGAGCAAUAGGAAAUACAUUGACCAAAGAUAACCAUAUCUUGUUGGCGUACUACUAUUCCAUCGAGGCCUAUCUUUCUCAGCCUCUGUCCGAAGACUUGCAGGUGCGGUCGACGGGCUUAAAUUGUACGGAGAACCUCACCACAAGAACUUUGAAUACAAUUUCCCAAUGCACAUCAUCUUGUCUCAAAGCAAUGGAUGAGUUCAACCAAUUGACAGAUGAACAAAUAGCGGGGCUUCCGCUCUUUCACUUUACCAGAUAUAUUUACACUGCUGGAAUUCUUAUGAGGCUACGGUACUUUAUCUUGUCCUUGCCAUCAAACAUUGAGAAAGACUUGGUUCCUCGUUAUGCAAUUGUCUCUGUGCUGAAUCUACACAAACGUAUCAAUGCAAUUUCAAUCGCCUAUCCUACGAACUUCCUCAUGAAGAAAAUGAAGCUUGUUCUUCGGUUGUUCGUGCAGACAUAUGUAACUCAGGUCAACGAGCUUCUUACUCGCAACGAGGAUGGCACUUCUAGCGAAAUUCCGGCGCAAGUUUCAAAUCCCGAGUACAAAGACAUGAAUAAAUUAGCUCACUCAAUACUCAGCUCAUCUCAAGGAAAUCAAAUGGGGCAGAACUACUCUCGGGGAGUACAUCUUGAUUUAUUAUCUUAUGCUGCUACAGAACACAGCAAGACAAAUGGUGUAACCCUAAAGGGUGGAGAUAUGGCUGAUAACUCAAACAAACCGGAUUUGCCUCCCAGUAAUGGCUUUACUGUGGAGACAGCAAAACAUCCGGAAACUUUGCCCACAUCUCUGGUCACAAACAUUUCUCAGCUGCUCCCACCUAUGCCUCAGCUUAGAAACAACCUAGGAAAUAGAAUGCGCGAGGGGAUUGGCGCUCCAUCUUCUGGCAGACUUGCAAACGGCGAUGUGUUCCCGUUGCCCCCACUCCCGGUUAAUACGCAACAAUUUCUCCCCAUUAAUCAUAAUGAUGCAGCGCCAGCUACUGACCUCACGAGUGAGUUCAGGGAUCUGAACAAAGACAUCUAUGAGUUAGAUGACGAGUUUUGGUCUAGUCUAUUGACUACUGAUGCCGAUAGGUACUCUUUUGCACAAGAUGUUCCACACGGCACAGAAAAUGUGCUUUAUAAUAUAUUCAGCUAG